CUGUCUGAUCUGAUGUCACCUGAUAUUCCUUUGCCUUUAACUGGGGGAAAAAAAAACCCUAACUUGGCAGCAUUGUAGCCACGUGGGAUUUCCCUUUCCUCUGCCUUGAUCUUUCUGUCUCCUCUAGAGAUGAUUCAUUCCUUUUGGUUUCUCAUGAACAUCAAAGCUUUCAGUUGUUUGUUGUCCUGCAGUUAAUUUUUUUUUAAAGAAUGUUGGUGUGUUUUGUGCUGUGUGCAUAAAUUGUAAUUGUUUUUCGUGUUUGUAGUGUCAGAGACAGAAAGUGCCAAGGGAAGCAAAGAUUGCCUCCCUCAGCUUGACUUGGAGAUGAGUUCUUCCUUCAGACCCCGUGGCAUUGUUCGCAGCAGCUGUCCAUUUGAUGACUCAGCCUGUAAACCCAAGAGCUCCGCCAGCGCAGACCACGUUGCAGGUCUCCUCUUCACUACCUCCCUGGAUGAGAUUGGUGAGAUUCAGACAAACAGUUUGCUCCGGAGGCAUAAGAGCACUCUGGAGGAGGUGGUGGGCAGCGCCAGCAGUGGCUCAGCGCUUGACUGGCAGGGUGUAAAGAGCCGUCGGCUGAGUGGUGACACUGUGGGAAGCAGUGGGAGUGGCACCACUGUCCUGGGCCUGGGCAUGAGCCAGGGUGAAACUGAUCCAGAUAAAAUCGCAGGACACCUGGGCGCAGAUGCUAAAAUCCUCGCUGGUGCCAACUUCACUAAGGCUAGGAGGCCUCAUUCCCUGGCUCUGGGUGGGCUCGAGGGGGUAGCUGCUAAGUCACACGCUGCCAGGAGUAGUGAUCACAGGGAAGUGGAUGAGGAGGCGGAGCGGCAGGACUCCAGCGAUGAGGACAGGAACACUACAGAGGCCAUUUUUGAUCUGGAGGAUUUGGAUUUCGAAAAGCCCUCUAAGGGGGCAAAACCUUAUAAAAAAGCUGUUGAACGUAGCGCCAGCUAUGGUGGUGUGAGCACCAUGACAAACAGAGGCACUGUGAAGCGCACAGGUAUUGAAACAGGCUAUGACCCUCUCUCCCUCCUGGCAGCAGAGUCUGAUCAGCAAAAUGAGGAGCGGUACACGGAGGGGGACCAGGCCAGCACUCCUAGUGCCCGGAGGCACCUGGCCAGGGAGAUUGAGCUCUACAUGAACCACAUGGGCAGCCCGCUGAGCAGCCGCACGCCCAGUCUGGACUUUCAGGACCCAGCCAGCCCCGUCCUCCUCCACCAUUCCUCACUCUCUGCUUCCUCCCGCAGAGCCAGCCUCCCCCACAGCUCCCCCCUCAGGACUGCAGGAGUGUCUCGCUCCCGCACCUUCCAGCUGCCGUCGCCCUCGCAGCCCAUCUCGCGCCAACAUCUGUGGUCUUCGCCUCCAACUCGAAGCUUGAGCACCACCCCCAGCCCGAGUCCUCGACCCAGCCCCUACAGAGAGAGGGCGGACAGGAUGAGCCUGACGUCACCUUCACUCUCCUCCUCCUCUUUUGCUUUAGAUACACUCCUGACGCCAACACUGGAUGUGUUCAAGACCAGCAUGUUCUCUGCUGGGAAGGGAGUAGCAGAGAAAGCGAGCCGCUGGUACACGCGCCUUGCCACAUACACAACACCCACCAAGGACAGCCAGGGUGACCGUUUGAGCGUGUCCUCCCUCGGUGCGGGAGAUCCAGACUGCUCCUCACUGUUAGAUGAGGAAGACUCUGGAGACACAGAGCACUCAAUGGUCUUUCCAUUGAGGAAUGGCCCUGUUGGCCCUUCAGGACCUCGCAGGAGUCCCAGACGCAGCCCCCUCCGCAGCCAUCUGGACAGUCCCACUGCAGGAUCGAGCUACGGAAGACCCACAUCUCUGCUCCCUGGACUGCCUGGCUUCUCUCUGCCAGACAAGUCGGACCUCAGCUCUUCACGGUACACCAGCAACACUAGCAUCUUCAACAACUACGCCAUGGAGCUGCUGAUCUCCAGUUGUUCUCGCUGUAAGACCUGCGACUGCCUGGUGUAUGAUGAGGAGAUCAUGGCCGGCUGGACAGCAGACGACUCCAACCUGAACACCACCUGCCCCUUCUGUGGAAACCCAUUCCUGCCGUUCCUCAAUGUGGAGAUCAGGGACAUGCGAGGACCUGGCAGGCUCUUCCUGAAGGGCAGCCCAUCAGUAGAUGAGGCGACGACCUCGUCAUAUUCUGCCUCCACAGGGCUGGACACAGGGACAUCCACCUUGUCUACUCCCUGUCCCACGACAGCUAUCUCCCCUCAGUCCCCUAUGAUUGCUGUGCAGGAGUGCUCAGCAAGGUCUCGGUCAACCAGGGAUCAAGGCAUCAAUAUACCCGUAGAACGCCGGCAGGGGGCGCUAUCCUCUGGAGCUCCUAUAGCCCGUAGUGUCAGCGCCUUUGGUCCUCUGGAUGAAACGACCCGACACAACUGCUGUUUGCCAACAUCAGGCAGCCUGCCCAGUUGUCUGAACGAAGCCACGGACCCACUGAGUAUGGAGUGGCGGCUUCACAACCCAGAGCCUGUGACGGUUCCCUACCUGAGCCCACUGGUGCUGUGGAAGGAGCUCGAGAGUCUGCUGGAGAACGAGGGCGACUCAGUGAUCACAGAGGCUGACAUGGUGGACCAUCACCCCAUCAUCUACUGGAACCUGGUCUGGUACUUCAGACGGCUGGACCUACCCAGCAACCUGCCAGGUCUCAUCCUCACCUCUGAGCACUGCAACAGAGACUCCCAGAUCCCUCACCACUGGAUGUCUGAGGACAGUAAACACGUGUUGAUCCAGAUCCUGUGGGACAACCUCAAGCUGCACCAGGACCCCAUCCAGCCUCUGUACAUCCUCUGGAACACAUACAAUGUUGGUUACCCUGUGUCUCGGCCAGUCCCAGAGGAAGAAAAGCCGUUCAGUGAGGAGCUGCUGCACAGUAUGGUGAAGAGCAUCCAGAGGAACGACGUCAGCCGCCCGAUGGCUCAGCUGCUGCAGCUGCUGGGGCAGACGCUCGGGGUCAAAAGGCAAAGGAGUUUGUACAGGGACAUCCUCUUCCUGUCCUUGGUGGCUCUGGGAAAAGAUAACAUUGAUAUUGACGCCUUCGACCGUGAGUACAAGUUGGCGUACGAUCGCCUUACACCCAACCUGGUGAAGCUGACCCACAACUGUGACCGUCCUCCGAGCACAGGUGUCAUGGAGUGUCGCAGGACUUUUGGAGAGCCUUACUUGUAAAGAGUCACCUAAACACACCAUGAUUAACUCUCAUUAUCCUCAUUGUUGCUUUAAGACUAGCUCAGGAAACCAGUUGGAAGACCACGAAUGUGCACUACGGGAAUGUUUGGGGGAACUCUGUAAGCGCUCAUAGGGGUACAGGUGACUGUGGACAGCAUUAUGUAGCCUGAAGUUUUAGAGACUUCUAUAUAUGAGGACAGAAACACUACAUGCAGCGUUCAUAAACUCCUCUCCAUGCAGUGUCGAGUGAGCCGCAACAGCUUACAUUGGGAAUGAGUGACAGUGAUGCAGAUAUCCUGUAAAUACAAAACAGGAAAGGAUUUUUUUAAUGUACCAUUCUUAUUGUAUAUCAUUUCAUCAUAUGAAGACUAAUAUUAGCAAUAUUUUAACUGGAACUUUAUUUAUACAAAGUCAGCUUAUGUAUUGUACCGUCCUUUUGUUAUGUGCAGUGUUUGACUUUGACCUGUGGUCGCUGGCCGUCUUCUCGUCUUGCAGUUUUAAACCAGGAAAAAUGUUUUCGCUCAGUGUGGAAAAGAUGCAGUACAUGUUUGGUGUGUGUUUUCAGUGAGCUUUCUAUGCUUUAUGACAUGGAACUUUUUUAAUUAGAUCUGCAUCAAUUUUGAAGACAGAUUGCAUAUAUCUACAGGCUUUCUAGUUGUCAGCGAAAAGUGAAGGAACGUAAAGCCAACACGGUGGUUUACAGAAGCCCUGAGAGGCCAGUGAGGCAAACAAAAUCAAAUGAAUCUGAUAUAAAGUGUCCUGUAUUUAUGACUAAAGACCAAGCUGGGAAAAAUGAUCAACCUUCCCUUCUCUGAAACACAGGGAAAAAGCAUGAUCCUGCAUUUACAAAGCAUUUGUUUUUCACUGUUUAAGCCAUAAACAUCAGAGUUACAAAAUAGUUUUUUCAUAAAAAUAAACAGCAGAAACACGUCACAGUGACAGAGUAAAAGACCUUAUCAUAAAUUGCAUUCUUGCACACUCAUUCACACCAGUUCAGAUUAAACAGGACAUUUCAUUGUAAAAAAACAAUCAUGUUCAUUACUUUAAAUCAGCGAAUGUUAUGACCCUGAUCCUCUCAGGGAGAGAUGAAUGCUGAUCACGUUAAUCUUUUCUUGUACUGAAGAGCAUAUGUCCUUAUUACCAGAUCAAGUGUAUUUUUUUUCACUUGUCAGAGAAAAUGGUAUGUUUGGGGUUUGUUUACAAAAAACGAUUUCUGAGCUUUAAGCUAUUCAUCCCCAUGAAAAGUACCACUUUUAGUCUUCUUCAGCGGGGUGUUUGUUGUCAGAGUACAUAUCAGUGUUACAGAGGUGUUACCGGCCCUAUAGGAAGCCACGUAGCGGUGAGGAAGAGGGCAGAUUGCGGACAGGUGAGUCUUCUGCAGCCAAUCAGCAUUAAAGCUCAAUCAGAGCGGUUAACAGGGAUGGCAGACAAUCUAUGAUAGAUGGAGCAGUGAGGCAUGUGUAACACCUCCACCUUCACCUCAACCACAAAAAAAGAUAACAUGUCAGCCAAACCAUUGUUUUUUUACUUUGAAACUUGACUUGAUGUUCAAAGGCUGUAAAAAUAAUAGCCAACACAUCCGCCACUGGAAUGAGUUACACAUGAGUGCGUCACAUUUGUUUACAUUCAUUUUCGUGGUCUAACCCAAAUCGAGAGAUGAAUUUGGGGUUGUAAGAGUUCACAGCAUGAAUUAGUUCAAAUUAAAUAUUUUAAAUGGCAAACAUAUACACAGUCAGCCAUAAUAACAAUAAUAAUAACAAUAAUAAUAACAACAAUAAUAAUACUGAACCUUUUAUGCCGUUUUUUUGUUAUUCACAGUUAUUUCUUUAAUUCGUGAUGAUAACAGCAGACUGAAAUUUAAAGUCAAACUAAACUUUAUUUGUCAUGCUGGCCACACAAGGACUGCAUAGUGGGACAAAACUGUGUUUCUUCUAGAACACCAUGCACUAUAAUCAUAGUAAUUAUACAUGAAUACCCAGCUAAGAUCAAAAUCUACAAAUAUUGCACAGCAGAAACUUAGGCACUAUAUGUGAAUCUUUGUACUGAUGAAUAUUAAAAACAUAGGUGCUCAUGUUAUGCAGACACUGAAAAUAUUGCACAAAUUAGCAGCAGUUGCAGAGACGUUUUGUGUGAGAGUUUGCAUAUACAACAGUUCUUGGAUUGGUGUGUGAUAGUGUGUAUUUAAAGAGAGUUCAGGACUCUAAUGCUGCGAUAGCGUUUUUUAGAGGGCAAGAUGGUAAACGGUUUGCAUGUCAGCAGCUCUGUGCAGGCAGGAUUUGGUGUGUGGUCCUGUGGGCGUGAGAGAGGAGACCUGGCGACCUGACCUGGUGUCUUCACCAUUCUCUGAAGUUUGCUCUGAGACGUUGCUCUCUGUAGUGCUUCUGUGGGAAGUGUUGAGGGCAGAAGGGAGUCUGAUUGCUCUUCUUGACCGCUUCAGGAAGCGCAAGCGCUGCUGUCUACCUUUUGAUGAGGAAGGUGGUAUCUGUAAGCCCAGGAACCCGGUGCUGUUAACUAGCAGUGCGGUGCUGUCAAGGAUUGUGGGUGGAGUGUGGGAUAAAUAGCGUGAACAAUCACCCUUACAAUAUCAACAUACAAUAUCAAUUGAUCUAUGUGACCUAAAUAACUUUAUCUGGAGGGAAAACCAAAGUGAAGUUUUGAUUUGUUGGUAACAAUUAUCCAACUAUAAAGAUAUCAAUGAGUCUUAGCGGAGGUUAAUAAAAGAGCUUUGUGUUAAUGGUACAAACUGUAAAGUCCCACCUUUCAUUUAAUAACAGCAUAUCUGAGUGUUUAUUGCACAUGCAGCCAGUUAAGCCUGUGGCUGAAUCAAAUGACUUUAAUCUCAUUGCCUUCCGCUUCCAUAUCGGUUUAAUACAAUAAUCCAAAUCAUUUUAAUGUCUUGGACCUCAAGGUGGCUCCUGUGUUUUGUGUUGUCUCUUCUUUGCUUGUCUAUGGAUGCAAGUUGUCACCUGCCACCGAGCAGCCAGGAUGCCAGAAUCUUUUGGGAACAUAUGUGGAGAAAAGGUUUACAUUUUUCAUUCUGGCAACAUCCAGCCAGUUUUAUUAGUGUUGUAUCAGACUAAAGCUAAAUUAAGAAUUCUUAUUUCAGCUAGCAUAAACAAACAGUAAAAGAGGACUUUAUUAUAAAAAGUAGGAUUUAUGAAAAGCUUGAUACCUGGAGAUGUUUACACCCUGAGGUCUGUAUCCACCAUUGAAUUUGCUAAAGAUUUAACUUUUGGACAGGUGUAAAGAUAACAGAGUUCAACUUUGCAAAGAGCCUACUUCACUUUUAAUUUGAAUAUAAAGUUCAUAUUUUAAUUUUUUAAAACCCUUAUGGGGUUAUUUAAGUUCUAGAGACCGUAUGAUGUUAUGUUGGAGAAAAUCAAACGGACCCUGGAGUGCAUUGCCUCUGUCGCUUAUAUUUGUUACUGCCAGAGUGAGGAUAUUAAUCCAGCUUUGAAAGGCAGAGUGGUUGAAGGAGGACCCCUGACUCUGAAAUCACCAAGGUCCUAUGAAUAUCAGCCAAGUCUUUAAUUUGUGGCAUGGCUAAGCAAAACUGGAAAAGUUUAACAAGUUGCACGUCUUUGUCCCUGAAAAAAAACCCAAACCUUUAGGUGUGGAAAUCUCUUUAACUGGUGAAUUUUGAUUUGGGAGAUGACACAUGAGCUUAGAAAGGCUGUGAUUCAUUUGUGGAUUUCUGUUGUGUUUAAAAAAACAAUAGUACUGUAAAAAUAAAUGAUUUUGCAGAUUCUGGGCCAUGUACAUUUGAAUUGCCCUUUGUAUAAAUCACAUUUUAUAACAGUGUAUUCACACAUGUGCAAAGGUCCUUUUAGAAGUGGUGAAGUUCUGACGUUCUGUACAGCAACCAGAUCUACAGGACUGUUUAAGUGUAAAUAAAAUCAUGUAAACCCUCAA